AUAGGACAGAAACAUCAGGAGACUGCAGUGGCCGAAACACUCAGUAGACCUGACGCCUCUCCUCCAUUCCCACCAGCAGGUAGGUGGUAUGUUGUGUAACUUACAAUGAUGAAUUCAUUCAAUUUAACAUGUCAAAUGGUGUUAAGUUUAUGGUGGUUCAUGCUGAGAAGUGUUAUUUUGUAACAAUAGUAAUCUUGUUGCAUAAAAGUCUAAGUUUAGAGCUUCAGAAACUUCCACCAAUAAACUCGAUGCUAGUAAAAAAUAAGAAGAGUAAAGUAUUUUAAGUUUGUUCAUGCUGUUGUUAUGUCAUCAAAUUUCAAGAUUCAACCAGAUAUCAGCAGUAGCUUUCAUCAGUCUGUUCACAAAAAAGUUUCUAUCAGUUGACUUUAAUUUGAUAUUUUUAUAGGUAUGUAUGCAAUGAUACAAACAUAAUAAUCUGUUUAUAUUUAUGCAUAAAUUUUAGUAAAACACAAGCAAAAUAACCAAUAUUUAUCUACAUAUUUAGAGAGCGUGAAGAAGAAUGUACACCGACUGUGUGAAAGUGCUGUCCUCUGUCACUGUCUGCUGUAUCGUUCCUCCUAGAUUCUUAACCUUGUCCUUCUAGAUUUCUUUCAGUUGUUGUUAAACUAACCUUGAAAAAGUUAUAGCUUUGACUGUCUUUGGAAAUGUUGUCACCGGAUUCAUGGGAGCAUAAAGAAGAGGCCUUCCAUUUUUAGAGACCAUUUCAGCUUUCUGCGGGCUCUAUUUGAAAUGACUUGAAAAGGUCAACUUCAAAGGACUGAUACUAUGUGAGAACGUUCUUGACCAUUUAUCCAAAAAACUUUCCAUUUAAAAUCAAAUUGCCACACAAAUGGUGACUUGAAAGGCGGAGUAAGGGAUCACAACAACCCACCAGAGUUUCUCAGGGAACUACCAAGACUGUUGGUUUGUUUUCAGGGGUUUGUUUAGAAAAGUGAUGCUAAAGUCAGACUACGUGAUCUCUCUUCAGUAAUAAUCUAUGACACAUUAGACCAUCACAGAGCAAGAAAUUCAUGACUCGGUUCAUGACUGUACAGUAUAGGACUGAUAUAACAACAGUGUGUUUUAACUAAAUGCCCUAACAAAUGAAUUGCUAACUGAGUGAUCUAGAGUAUCUAAAGUUAUUUUGAAUCAUCCGCUAGCUUUAUGCUAAUCCAACAGCAGUUACUUACUAGAUUGCUGAAGUGCAUUAGCUAUGUCUUCUCAACACUUAUCUUGUUUUCUCUGGUGGGCUCUCAACAAUACGUAACAAAAGCAGGGAUGUUGUUGACAGAACUCGACAAACUUCUUCACCUCGCCAUUUCAUCUGUUUCUGCUUGUGACUUCUGAACGGGUUUAGUACAUCUGCGCUUUAUUUGAUCGAUAUCACUGGGAUGAGUGGACACAUUUUAGGUUUUUACAUUGGGAGAUCAAGAUGAAGCCUUUAUUGCCGUUCAGUAUGACACAAAAUUAAACAACGGCUUUUAAGGCAGAUGGGUCCUGAAACCCUACUUCGGCUAGAUCAGGCUAUAAUCAUGCAUGCAGCCAGACCUCUGCCUAAGGUUGGAACAGGUCUGAGUCUUUGGUGGUAAGAUGUGGGUCCAAAGGUAACUAGGAUUUCCAUGGUCCUAAAGGGGUUAAUUGAAGGGUGAAAAGGUGAACAUUCGGAAACAGAUCAAACUUCACUUGCUUUUGUCUUGUGAGUUAAAAUCCUGAUGUUUGUAGCUGCUGUGGGCUCGAGCUUUAAGCUGUAAGGAAAACACUUCACAAUACUACAAUACAAACAGUGUACUCUACCUUACAGUAACUAACUGUGUCAAAAGUGAGUUACUGUAAGGAGGAGAGUUCGUUGGUACGUUAGCUUAAACAAACGUACUGACCUGAAUAAGCUGAUUUAUAUGUGAAAAUCUGAACCACAAUAACAUGUUAAACUUGAUGAACUAGUCCUCAAAGUGAACAAAUUCUGUCCACACCUAACAUUAUUGGGAAAUGCUCAUUCAUAUGAAAAACACCUGACACCAUGUUUGAGCAGCCAAUAGAGGCUCAGCAGGUGGAAGGAAAUAAAUUCAGGUACAUAGAGAGGAAGAAAAGCCAGAGUACAACUUCCUCUAGUGUAUAACCAACCUCCCCACUCAGAGUGCAGCCUCUGUGUGUUUAAAGGAGGGCAGACAACAAGGUCGUACGCUGGUUGGGGGAGGGAAAGGCAAAAGGAGGAGCUGUAGUUUGAAAGACAACCCCCUACACCCCACUUCCUCCUAUCAGUGAGAGCCCGGCAGACUGUUAGCACAUGGCUGCCUGGUUUUGAAACCAGCCUCCAAUAGGAUGACAUUCAUAGUGUCAUGGUGGCGUGAAGCAUGUGCGCCUGUGCAGUCCCUCCCACGUCUAGUGCAGUAGGGAUACGGAAGUGUGCGCCUGAGGAUAGUGUGAGUGGAGGGGAAAAGAGGGGAGGGAAGGCAAACACACUUACACACACACAUACUCGUGGCUGAUGUAACAAAAUAACUGAUCUUGAUGGAGUGUGGAUUUUUGAAUAGACAGAGGACAGAAGAGACCGGUCUCUUCCUGGCUAUGCUCUGAAUAAGGUAAGGUCAUAUAUUUACCCACCUUACAGUAGAGGCAGAUGGAAGUACUGUAGGCCGCAGGAUUAUAGGCUUUCCUGAUGAUUUUAGAAACACAGAGCUCACAGCUCCAUGCAUUUGUUUGAUCUGAAGAUAGACCUGAACCUUGACUGAAGAGGAAGAGGAAGCUUAAACAGUUAGCUUUUAUAGCAGCCUCAUAGUUUCUUAAUACUACUUAUGCAAGCCUGACAUUAUUUUCUCAGGAACUGGAACAAGAUACCUUUAUUUUUAAUCCAUACAGAUGAUCUUUUUGAAGUUUGUGGCUUUAGAGAGGGCUCUUUUAUGAUAACACCUAACCAUUUUUGAUUGAUUCUCAUUUUAAUGAACAUUUUAUUUUGUUCCAGCAAAAAAGGGAAAAAUACUCACUGUGUGUUUUUAAAAACUGAUUAUUGUUUGGUUUUUAAUAGAUGUAGUGUGUCACAUGGCUGAAUUGUGUGGUUUUAUUUACAGGGUCAGUUCAGUAUCACCCCCCUUUAAUGUGUUUUCUGUUUAUGUCACAAGCACAUGGCGCUUUCUCUGGCAGUAGUGUGUCAGUGAGUGAAAGGUCAGGUAUCCUGUGCCAAGCAGUACAUUAGAGAGGGACAGAACAAGAGGUAGAGUAAGGGGAGACUGUGAAGGUCAACUCCAGUCACAUGGAUCUUUGCUUUUCUACAUAGUAAUAGUAUUUGACAUUUAACUCUGCCAUAUUUAUUUAACCGCGCAGGAUUUUACAUAAUUAUAGGCCUAUACUUUAGUAAACAUCUCUCAUUUGUGCUUGAAUUAUUUCUCUCUUUUUAGCCAUGUCAGUGAUGAGACUGUAGGGAUGAUAAUGUUGGCAUUAUCCCAGAAAGAAAUCUCUCAGUUAUUAGUUUGCAGUAAUAUCUUGAUUACUUUUACUACUUAUUAAUUAAUACUGACAAAAACUCCUAUAUUUAUAUACCACAACUUUGUGUCCAUUAGCAAAUUUAAGUUAUUGUGUAGUGAAAACAUAAAGUAAUACAGUAAGAGAUAAACAAUUUGUAUUCUAAGCUGGUAUGGCUGGGGUGUCACUGUGAGGAUGUUAGCAUUUAGCACAAAGGGCACUGUCUUAAAGUGCAGCCUCACAGAGCCAACAUCAACACCUCAACUUUACAAGCACUGUAGUUUAGUUUUAUGACCUCAAUGACAUUAAAACAGAGAUAAAUGUCCUUCUGUUUAGUUAUGAUAUAUAAUAUGUAAAUAUUACAUUGCCUCAUUGAAUCACUAGCAUUAAUUAGCACUGUCAAUGUCUGAAUUCUGAGCUUUAAAUAACUUCAUUAGUGACUAAAAAACAUCAAAACUAGGAUGGGCAGCCUCGACUUUGUGUUCAGUAUAAACUUGGGGCAUGGUAACAUGCUAAAUUAACGAAAAUAAGGAACUUCAGGUUCUAUUAUCAUCAAUUAUGAUCAAUUAUCUCAAUUCCUAAUUCCCUCUUUCUAUUUCAAUUAAAUAAAUCUAAGACAGAAUAGACACCUUACUUCAUCAACCUAUAUGAUGCAUUUUCCUCAUUACACUGGUUUCAUCUUAGGCUAAAACAUACAGGAUCCGUAUUGAGCACGUAUCAUCAGCGUUGUGUAUCACGCAGCUAAUAGGUUGCCAUUCUAGCCGAUGCAGCAUCACAUACAGGACGCGUAUCAGAUCUGUUGUAGCACCGUGUCGAGCGCGGCUCUGCUAAAGAUACGCAACAAGGCUAUUUUUGCUGCUCUACGCUUCCAAUGCGCAACAGUCCACACAAAGAAAACCAUGCAUGUCAUCCUGUAUUUCGAAAUCAAACACCAUAUGCAAACUCCUGACUGUGUAUCAGUUCGUGUAAAUGAGAAAUACUUCCUGGUUUGGAUUUAUCAGUAACACAGAACAAUCCGAUGGUCAACCCUGAUCCAUGUAAACCCCAACAGGACUACUAACUGAUAACUUAGUCCAAAGGUUACAGCACAGCAUAAAGGUACAUAGUUUGCUUAAUUAAACACGAGUAAACCUGCGCAAACCGAAACUGUAAAAUAACGUUGCUUUUUUACAUACAGUAGAGGCUCAACGGUCACUGAAUUAUAUCCAAAUUAGCAGGAAAUAGACCACAGAAAGGAAAAACAACCUGUUGUGAGCAUGUUGUUUCCUCUAUACUGAGCUGAGCUGACCGGGGCUGCAGUACGCUACUGCCACGCUCCAAAUAAAUAUCCUGUAUGCGAUACCCAGGGCUGCUCUAUGGAGCAAAUACGGAACAUGCUCAAUACAGAUCCUGUAUGUUUUCGGCUUUUAAGGUCGCACUGUGAAUGUGAUAAAAUAUUUAACGAUAACUUGAGAUUCACUAAAUUUGUUUUCUGCUCUUUGUUGUCUUUCUUUCAGAUUGUGUCAGCAUUUCCUGAAUUACCUCAUUCCAUCACAAUCACUCCAUCAUGUCGCUGCUGACUCAUGUGCUCGCCUGCCUGUUCGGUAUGGGCUCCUGGGUGGCCAUCAAUGGGAUGUGGGUGGAGCUGCCCCUGGUUGUACCGGAGAUCCCAGAGGGCUGGUAUCUUCCAUCCUACCUCACAGUCCUCAUCCAGAUGGCCAACAUAGGUCCACUCUUCAUUACUUUAAUGCACCGCUUUCGUCCAGGGGCACUAGAUGAGCGGCCAGUGAUCUACUGCAUUGUUGGGUUGGGGAUCAUCGCGACAUUCCUGCUGGCCUUCUUCUGGAGACACACGGUGGCAUUAGGGGGCUCUAUGCACAGUGUGCCCCUGCUGGUGUUGAGCUUUCUGCUCUCUGUGGUGGACUGCACCUCCUCUGUUACCUUUCUGCCUUUUAUGAUGAGGCUUCGGCCGCAGUACCUCACCACUUACUUUGCAGGUGAAGGCCUCAGUGGUCUGGUGCCUGCACUGGUGGCUCUGAUUCAAGGUGUUGGUAUUGUCCACUGUCGUAAUGCCACUUUGAUAGACAGUAUGAACAUAACAGACGGCAAUACAAGCAUGGCUGGUAGUGGAGAGCUAGAGGCAAUCUACCAGCCAGCUAGAUUCUCUACUCAGGUCUUCUUUAUAUUCCUUAGCGCCAUGAUGGUUGUGUGUUUGGUGGCCUUCAUCUUGCUCAACCAUCACCCAUCUGUGGCACGAGAGAGGAAUAACGACCUGUACUACAGUGGUGAUCUGGAUCGUGGGAAGAAGGAACAAGGUCUGUCUCUGCAUGCCCAGACACCAGAGCAGAAGCCCAUGCUUGGUCCCCUGGACUCUGUAAAGAGGGAACCAAGAAGCUCCUUUGGGAGGGGGACGUAUAGCAGUCUGGAGGUGUUGUUCAUCUUCCUUGUACUAGCCUGGGUCAAUGCUUUGACCAAUGCAGUGCUGCCUUCAGUCCAGUCCUACUCCUGUCUGCCUUAUGGUAACAAGGCCUAUCAUUUGGCUGCCACUAUGGCAGCUGUUGCCAACCCAGUGGCCUGCUUCAUCGCCAUGUUUGUACCAAUCAGGUAAAAAUGGAAUUUGCUCAUAAGUGCUAGAGUAGUCCUGCGUGAAAGGGGGUGCUAAGAAAUGCAACAUCUGCUGAUUUUUGUUUUCAGGUCUCUCUUCUUUAUGGGUUUCCUGACCAUGUUGGGGACCGGAUUUGGAGCCUACAUCAUGGCCAUGGCUGCUCUCAGUCCUUGCCCUCUGCUGGUCCACAGUACCUCUGGAACUGCUGUUAUAGUAAGUCUUUUUCUUCUCCUGAACGUGGACAGAAUUUGGUCUAUCAGACACAGCUUUUUUUGAAAGGAAUGAACGACUAGUGCAAUUGGAGUUCAUGCUCGCCUUAAGAGAGAAUAUGGGUUCCAGCCACUUGUUUGUUUGUCUCUUAACUAAAAAAAUCUAACUUGUGAACUUAAUCUAAAACCAUUCCUUUCUCAAUUAAACCCACUCUUGCAUGGUUAAGCCAAUAAUAUCACACCCACUGACUUUUGCGAAGACAUGAACAACAUGCAUGAACAUGUUGAGAUGCUAAAAACUGCAGGCUCCAAAGGCAACAAGAGACCCAUUUGUGCACACACACACACACACACACACACACACACACACACACACACACACACAUACUUGUCUUUAUCACAUUGUAGGGACACAAGACGUGGACAUGCAAUCUGGGAACCACCCUUUCUGCAGGUGCUACAGCGCUGAAAAAAAUCAGGCAGUUUCUUGGAGCAGCCAGAAAAACACAUAUCACUUCAAAUUGUCAAUCAGACAAAGUAGAGUCUUUCACCUGACCAGGGACAGCCUAAUGGGGACUUGUCAGGUUUAUAGUAAUUAAUGGGGUCACAAUAUACACACUUCUGGUUUUUCUGUCUUUGUUAGGACCACUUAGCACACCCUCAGGUUUAACUUACUUUGUAGAGUCUGCCAUCACAGACUUAUUUAACUGCUUGAUAGCCCCAUUAUCAUAUAAACCUAGUGUUAACUGGAUUACAAAUAAGGUCUGCAUUACCACAAGAUAUAGGUCACGUCACUGAGAGGUUUUAUUGCAUAAAAAAAAAAAAAAAAAAAACCUGGUCAGAUUCUUCAACCUCUCACAGAGAUUGCUGAUUACUAAUCAACAUGUUAGUAAAUGUAACAACAUAACGGUUAUGUUGGUAAACCAAAGUCAAUUUUACUGACUGAAUCAAACUCAAGUGAGAUAUUUGAACCUGUCAAAUAACUGAACAGCCAACUUUUUGUGAGCUUGUUUCUAAAUAAACAAAAAAACAAAUUGACAAAUAACAUUUGUCUACUAGUUUUGAACUUUACAUUUUACAUUGUCCUCUUCAAGGCUGUGAUGCGGUUUUUGAUGUAAAAUUUAAUGGCUAGCCAAUUUCUGUCCCUAAGAGCGGUCUUCUCUGCGCUAAGGCACUUAUCACAGUCACUUUUUCCUGGAACACGGCAUGUUGUGAUGAAGGACAUCAUGUGCCUUUCGACAGCAGCAAUCUCCUCUUUCUCCCACGUCUUUCUCUUGCUAGGUUGUCGUCCUGUGCAUCAACACACAACACAAACAAGUGGCUCUCAUUACCUUUCAUUUUUGAUCUUGAAAUCAGCCAAUCUUGAAAUCUAAAUUUGACAAAAGUUUACCUUUUAACCGUUUCACAGGUUUCUGAUGAUCUCUGGCCUGUGGAGUCGUCACAGUAUCUUGCUGUGGUGCUGCAUUGUUCACUGUGUGUCUCACAUCUGGCCCAAUUGUCUCACUGUCCUCUGUUGUGGUUGCAUUCUCUGAAAGCCAGAGGGGGGAAAAAUGGAAUUACUGCCACGCAGUUGUAUUCCUCAGUGAACCAUCCAUGUCCAUUCACUUUUAAUGUAUGAAGUAUCUGAAGGAAACAUGUCUAUCAUGCUAAUAUGCAUCUGUUUUUAAAGUUGUCACAAUUAGUGGAUUUUUUUAUGAAGGACAAAACCAUAUUUUGUAAUGACAUAGCAAUGUUGAAUGUUGAAUACCAAAAUGUAAGCUAAAUUCAUCUUUGAGUUAAAGUGGGCAUUUGUGCCUAAUCUGAAGAAAUUAUCUCAUGGCAUUCUUACGAUAUCCUGUUCACAAGAAUAAACAAAUGUAUUUUUAGAUUGUCUAUCAUCAACAAGCCUGGAAGACCACAUAAUUGUUGAAUCAUUUUCUUGGUGAAGAUACACUUCAUAACAUGUAAUUGUGUCAGAAAUAUCCCAGAGGAGUACAAUGAACCAGAUUUGUAGGAAGAGUAUGAAGAAGGAAAGAAAUAGAUUAUGAACCAAAGUCAAGAUAACGUUUCAAACAUGGUGCAGACAUGGACAUUAAAAGCUGUAAAUGAAGAAUUUAAUAGAGGAGGGAAAAAAUGAUCAAUUCUAAGAUGCAUCGCAAUUCAGCCAUGCACGAUUCUGCAUCGAUGCAGCGACGUGACAUAAUCACUUUCCCCACCCUUUAUUACUUUAUUUUGCUGGCCACACUUGGACAAUAAAGUUUGGAGGUUUUUUAACUACAGUGUGAGCACAACAACCGAAAUGCAGGACGGGGAUAUGGCGCAAACAACAAGAGUAAUCAAAGAUGCUCCCAUUAGCUUUAAAUUGGACUUUUAGGCUAAUUUAGUCUUUUAUGAACUUGACAGGAACCUUGAGAAGACGCAAACGGUGUGUAAAGUCUGCCACACAAAAAUAAAGUACUUUGGGAUUUCAACUAAUGACCACCCUGUGAGGACAUUGGCAGCAAAAGCCACAAAAACAGCAAGUGCAUCCCAACCUACAAUCACAUAAGUGCUGAUAACUUUGCCAUCCUCUUUGGAGAGAGGGAAGAGGAUCACCGAUUCUGUUUCAUGCUUUGUUGCUACGGAUCUACGGCCGUAUUCAGUGGUAGAAAAUAUUGGGCUCUGCUACCUCCUAAAGACACUUGAGCCUCGGUAUAUCCUGCCGACAAGAAGACACUUCACAGGAACUGCUGUGCAUGCAUUGUACAAAGACACCAAGGUCCAGGUAAUGGAAUCAGUGAGUAAAGCUAGCUGUGUAGCCAUUGUAUGUGACUCCUGGACUCCAAGUGCAACAGAGUCGUACAUAAUAACAGCACAUUAUAUGAGCGAGGACUAGCAGAUUUUUUAUGUGAUGCCGACGAGAGCUGUUUAUGAGAGUCACACAGGUGCAAAUCUGGUGGGGCUAAUGGCAUCUAAGAAAUAAAGACGUCAUGCUGGUGAUGGACAGCUGGACUUCUAAAAUGAUACAUGCAGCUAAAGUUGGGCAGUUCCCUCAUGUAAAAUGCUUUGCGCAUAAACUGAAUUUUGCUGCACAGCAGCCACUCAAACUGCAGAAGGUUUCCAGACUUCUGGCAGAGUCCAAUGUGUGUCAAUAUUUUUUAAUCGCAGCACGAUCAUCAAGUCAGUCAGCUGACCUCAAGAAUAUUUUUCAUGACUGAAAACAAACCUUACAGGUAGAAAGACCUACGAACAAGUAAAUGUUGAAGAUGGUUGCUGUAAAAGCCUGCCUAAGCACCUCUGUUCCUGGGAUCCAGACUUAAAGCAGUCAUUGACUACUAACCAUCAAAAUUAAUUCUUAUAUUUAUAAACUGAUGGUAUGUCCAAUUACAGUUGAAACUCUGAAAAUGUAGGGGGGGUUGGCAAGUGGGUUGAUUUUAGGUCUAAUGCCAAACUCCCAGCUUUUAGCAUGAAAAUCUAAUAAUUGACCCUGAAAUUCAUUUUAUCCCAUUAUCCACCUUCCCCCCCCCCCAUUUUUUGAUGAGGGGGUCAUUCUGGAUGAAAUUUCAUCCAAAUCAACUUUCUGUAUAAAACUCUAUCACUUGACCCCCCAUAAUUCAUUUUUAUCCCAUUAAUGCAAUCGAGAAAAAAGUCAAUUUUCUAGAAAGUGUCCAACAAAUACUGGGGGGGGGGGAUUUUUGGCAAGGGGGGGUAAUUUUAGGUCAAAUGUCAAAAUCCCAACUUUCAGCAUGGAAAUCCAUUAUUUGGUCCCAGAAUUCCUUUUUAUCUGAUUAAUGACCCUUCAAGUGGACAAAAAUGUCCAUUUUCAAUAAAGUGUCCUAUAAAUGGUCACAGGGAGCUGACUUUCGGCAAGGGGGGGUACUUUGGGGAAAAAUUUGAUGAUAAAUACUUUUAGCAUGAAAAUCCAUUAUUUGACCCUGUGAUGCAUUUUUAUCCCAUUAAUGACCCUUCAAUAGACACAAUUUUCAAUUUUCUAGAGAGAUUCCUACAAAAGGUUACAGGCAUGUGAUUUUUGGCAAGGGGGGUUGUUUGAAGGUCUGACGUCAAAAUCCCAACUUUCAGCAUGAAAAUCCAACCCAAGAAUUUUUAUCCCAUCUACAUGACGGAGGAUUAAUUAAUAAAAAUCAGUUCUGAGUUUUAAAUCAGAAUUGUAACUUUAAUUCUGACUUUUGUUCAUAGAAUUUGAACUUUGAAACUAAGAAUCUCAGAAUUCAGACUUUUUUUCACAGAAUUCUGAAUUUUCCUCAGAAUUCGGUCUUCAGAAUCUCAAAAUUUUGACAUUUUUCUCUGCUAAUUCUGAUUUAAUGCUCAGAAUCUCAUAAUUGACUUUUUCCCCACAUAAUUCUGACUAUUUAAUCUCAGAGUUCUGACUAUCUAUGCAUAUAUGUGUAUCCAUAUCAUGAAGAGUCGGUCUGAGGAGUUUGUCUUCAGCUGCUCUGUUGUAAAGUGUCUUGAGAUAACAUUUUUUAUGAAUUGGCACAAUACAAAUAAAGAUUGACUGAUUGAAAAAUGUCCAAGGGUCAUUUAAGGGUUAAAUCACAUCUUAAUGGUUUUGCUUCAAAUCCACUGUCAGGCUAACUUAUGAAAAUGGUGCCACUCUCCAAACAUGGCCUUCAUUAAAAUUUCUUACAUACAUAUUUGAGCAAUAUUUUAAUAAUAUCAAUAUCAGAAUAAACUCAAAAUUAGCCAAUACAAUUGUGGUUAUCCAUGGAUUAGUGACAAUGGACACAUUUAAGGAUUAUAUUGUGGCUGAGGGGCUUACCUGGUGAGUCUGACUCAUCAUCUGCUUCAGGGUCACAUGGUGCCUCAGGGUCUCUUUCCUGGUCGCUGUCUAGGUGUACAUUCUCUGUGGACGAUUGAAAGAGGAGAGGAAGGAAACUGACUAAGUGGAAAAUGCAUCACUUGAUCCUCACACACUCAAAAAAUACCAACUGUUUUUUUAUUCUGUAGAACAAUUAAAUAUUUAGUACCUUCAGGAUCAAUACAAAUGUCAUCCAGGGACUUCCCCUUGAACUCUGCCAGACACCCCUGCUCCAGAGCCAUGAGAACCUUGCUGAUUUUAGCCAGUUGUAGAGUGCCCUCCGGAAGUCUGUAAAACUGUCUGUGCACUCUAAUAUCAUGUCCAAGAAAAUCUGCUAGUUGAUCAAGCUCUGUGUUUGUGAGGUUAAGGACUUGUGACAGGGUCCCAGUUUGUUUGCGUAAUUUUGUUGAAGUCAGACUUUCAGGGUUUUUUGCGCCGCAGACCUUGGCAAAGUGUCGCAAACAGUCAGAUCCACGAUAGCAGAUAAGAGUUGUUGGUCGUGCAAACAGGUAUGUGUUCUCUGGGAGAACCCCACAUUCCUGUCUUUUUCUGAUGAGCAGAUCCAAUGCUGCUUGCACUGGUGGGGUCAAAAGUACAGGAACUUUUCGCCCUCUUUUACCUCUUAUUUCAAUCCUUCGGAAAUGCUGGCAGAGCUUCUUCUCUAGGUCUGAGAGAGCUAAAUUCACUUCCUCCUGUGGGUCUGAUGGAUUGUGUGACAAAUAAGCAGAAACUGGAAUUUUUGACACUUCCCCAGAUCUUCGACGGUUGAACAAAAUGACUUUAGUCAAAAUGACUUUUGUCAGCUGUGCCCAGGUCUGGGGGGACGUCUCUGAGGAUAGCUGGCUGAAAAGUUCUUCUUGCUGUGCAUCUAAAAAGGAAUGGAGAGUCUGAACAUCUUUCGUGAAUGGAAGCAGCUGAGGAGUAUUCCACUUGGACUCCUGAAGGGUUCUUAGUGAUGCAGCUGAUAUCAGCUCAUUCCACCUGGCUUCAUACACGCUGCGGAAUGUACGAGCAUCCUUUGCUGCACUGUAGUCACUUUGUACAUUUGCACGGCUUUCAACAAGCAUUGAAAUCUUUUUCAGGCUGUAUCCAACUUUGAGAGCCAGACUGGGGCACCUGUAUGCAUCUGUUUCACCAUUGUAGCCUGCAAUGUCUUUCACUGCCUCGAUAACAUACAUGAAAUUUGCAGGCUUGAUGUGAUCUUGAAUCAUCUUCAAGGGAGUGUUUUUUCUUGAGCAUAUGAGAAGCCGUCCCAACUCUCUCAAUUUCUGGCGAAUGUAUUCAUGUUUGCCAGGAUCAUACCCAAGCCUGUUGAAUAAAUGUUCACCAUACUCCAUGAUACAUGGAUCAGAUUUGACAGCAAAGUACACUUCGUCCUGAACCAUUUUGUUCAGGAGCUUCCAAAGUUGUUCCUUCAUUCCAGGUGGUGGAGGCGCAGCAAAUCCGCAAAGCGCUUGGACACGUGUUCUGCCAGGUUUAAGUGGAAUACUAGGUUUGAAUUUGCAGAUCUUCAUGUGCCUCCAAAGGACUUUCUUUGUAUAGAAGCCCUGACAAUAUGCACAAUGCAGAAACUUCUGCACUUGAGAUUCAUCCUUCGGUUGCUUGCGUGGAACAGGAAUUCCAACACCAGAAUUCAAUACUUCAACAUUAUGUGCAAAGUUUCCCUUGUUUCUCAAGAGUUCCAUAUGCAUCCGUCUUUCUUUUGAGCCUUUUGGGAAGGACACAGCCCUUGCAACAUCUGGUAUGUCUUGAUGAGCACGCUCCAAAUGCCUUGCCAUUUUUAUAACCCCUAAUUUACAGUACAGACAGUAUUGCUUUUUGUUAUACAAUCUUGAUCCAUCCUCUUUCUUACAAACAGCAGGUAUGGAAGGUAAAUCAUCAGUCACUCCACCCAGGGAAGAGGUGCUGUCAGGUAGAUUUUGCUCCAGAUCAGGUGCAGAAUUAUCCAACAGGACUCUAUGUCUAGAGUUGCCCCCUCCACUCUGUUCUGAUAAGUUGCCAGUACCUGUUUGUGUUGCUGGGCAAGGCACACUGCUUGAACAUCUUCUUCUUUGCCUUGUACCAGAGGUGCCUUCUUUUCUUGAGGAUGAGCGCCCUCUCUCCAGAUUCAAAGUGGCAUGGAUAGGUUCUGUCAUUGGGAGACAUCCAUCUCUGACAUCUGCCGUCUUCUCGAAGUUUGGAAAUCUGAGCUUUGUUAUUUUCUGGUCAGUCUUAAUGUUGCAAGGGUCUGAAUCUUCAGAAGAAUCUUCACCGCUCUCAGGAAUAUACUCUUCUCCACUGUCAUCUGAGGUGUGAUCAUAAAGCUCAUCCAAAUCGAAGUCAACUCGACCUUUCAUCUUCAGGAGCAAGUUAAGAGAAAAAAAAGGUAAAUUCAGUUUCAGGCAACAUGCCACUUAAGCAUCUGGCAUACACAUUUCAUAAAGGAAAUACUUUAGCUUUAAAAAUGUUAAAUAUAUGUAUCAACAUUUCCCUCCAUUGUGUGUGUUGCACACCUGUAUGCUCCUGGUCCUCCUCAAUUUUGGAACAGUCUCUUUGUCUUGGUCAGUGACGGUAAGUUCAGACUCAGAGGACAGACUCCAUGUCUAUGAUGUAAAAAAAAUAAAAAAGUAAAAAACUGUUUGUAGCAAUCAAAUUUGUCUAAUGCCUGCCAGUACAAUAUCAACAUCAAAGUACCUCGCAGCUUUCAUUUAGCUGUAAAGGGCUGGUGUGUGGACUGGGAGAUUCUUCAGAAUCGGUGUAGUCAACAAGGCAAGGGAUGAUUCCAGUUCUGUUUGCUGAAUGAUCAGAGUCUGAUUCAUCCAAGUCCUACAGGGCAAAAAGUGACUUUUCUUAAAGACUGCUACAACAGCUUUACACAUCCAGUGGACAUCUGGGGUUACUACUUUCAAGGUUCAAGAUGGUUGAGAUUUAUCAAAAAUAUGCUGCCUACAAAUUUAUCAUGAAGACAUGGAUUUUUGUUGGGAUAAUGCGUGAAAAAGUAGUGUCAGUGUCAGUAAAUGUGUACAGUAUGAUUAGCUGACGUGCCUCCAAAAAUUAAGACACCUGACACCUGCUGUGUAGAACAACUGCCAUAGUUCAUGACUGGGUGGUCCCCACUUUAUCACGAAAACCAGACUAUGCUUGGCAACACAUUUAACAUCAGAGUAGCACUGAUCUUAACUAAACCAAACUCGUCACAAGAGUCAACUUUACAAAUAUUGGAUUAAAAAAGAAAAAACAUAUUGCAAUACAAUUGAUUCUUACCUGCAUGGUGGUGGACGGUUGUCUCUCUGCAGUCUUCUCUGCUGUUCUGGAGACUUCGGUGUCAGAGGACAUCUCAGCACAUGACUGAAAUAAGGAUUCAAAAUUAAUUUGAAGCUCAUCAACAACACAUUUAUCACACUUAACCAUGAGAAAAAGCCAAAAGAAAAGUGAAGAAACUUGUGAACCUUUCAAUAUUUCUAUGCAUCUGGCUCCAAAUCUUAUGUUUCUCAUAGGUACAACAUGGCUAUGACAGAUGUGACAUGUAUGUAUCCUGCUAUAACCCUGCAGUGACUUUUACAGCUGAAAACAAGUGAAUAUUAAGGAUGACAGGGUUGAACUGACCUGUGGCCAAGGACUGAUGUGAAUUGUACAGAGCAAACUUAGCCUAUGUUACAGGCCGCGUGUAUUACUUGGUGUUUUGUUAACUUAAUACAUGAAAAAGUCAUGUCAGUGUCAGUGAAUAUGCAGAGUAUUUCUUAGCUAACGUGGUCCCCACAAAUAAGGCACCUGACAAGUGUGUAACACAGCAGCCAUAGUAUAUGAUUGGGUGGUCCCCACUUUAUCACGAAAACCAGACUAUGCUUGGCAACAUAUUUAACAUCAGAGUAGCACUGAUCUUAACUAAACCAAACUCGUCACAAGAGUCAACUUUACAAAUAUUGGAUUAAAAAAGAAAAAACAUAUUGCAAUACAAUUGAUUCUUACCUGCAUGGUGGUGGACGGUUGUCUCUCUGCAGUCUUCUCUGCUGUUCUGGAGACUUCGGUGUCAGAGGACAUCUCAGCACAUGACUGAAAUAAGGAUUCAAAAUUAAUGUGAAGCUCAUCAACAACACAUUUAUCACACUAAACCAUGAGAAAAAGCCAAAAGAAAAGUGAAGAAACUUGUGAACCUUUCAAUAUUUCUAUGCAUCUGGCUCCAAAUCUUAUGUUUCUCAUAGGUACAACAUGGCUAUGACAGAUGUGACAUGUAUGUAUCCUGCUAUAACCCUGCAGUGACUUUUACAGCUGAAAACAAGUGAAUAUUAAGGAUGACAGGGUUGAACUGACCUGUGGCCAAGGACUGAUGUGAAUUGUAGAGCGCAAACUUAGCCUAUGUUACAGGCCGCGUGUAUUACUUGGUGUUUUGUUAACUUAAUACAUGAAAAAGUCAUGUCAGUGUCAGUGAAUAUGCAGAGUAUUUCUUAGCUAACGUGGUCCCCACAAAUAAGGCACCUGACAAGUGUGUAACACAGCAGCCAUAGUAUAUGAUUAGGUGGUCCCCACUUUAUCACGAAAACCAGACUAUAAGCAACACAUUUAACAUCAGAGUAGCACUGACCUUAACUAAACUAAACUGUAUGCACACGUUCAACUUUACAAAUAUUGGAUUAAAAAAGAAAAAACAUAUUGCAAUACAAUUGAUUCUUACCUGCAUGGUGGUGGACGGUUGUCUCUCUGCAGUCUUCUCUGCUGUUCUGGAGACUUCGGUGUCAGAGGACAUCUCAGCACAUGACUGAAAUAAGGAUUCAAAAUUAAUGUGAAGCUCAUCAACAACACAUUUAUCACACUAAACCAUGAGAAAAAGCCAAAAGAAAAGUGAAGAAACUUGUGAACCUUUCAAUAUUUCUAUGCAUCUGGCUCCAAAUCUUAUGUUUCUCAUAGGUACAACAUGGCUAUGACAGAUGUGACAUGUAUGUAUCCUGCUAUAACCCUGCAGUGACUUUUACAGCUGAAAACAAGUGAAUAUUAAGGAUGACAGGGUUGAACUGACCUGUGGCCAAGGACUGAUGUGAAUUGUAGAGAGCAAACUUAGCCUAUGUUACAGGCCGCGUGUAUUACUUGGUGUUUUGUUAACUUAAUACAUGAAAAAGUCAUGUCAGUGUCAGUGAAUAUGCAGAGUAUUUCUUAGCUAACGUGGUCCCCACAAAUAAGGCACCUGACAGGUGUGUAACACAGCAGCCAUAGUAUAUGAUUGGGUGGUCCCCACUUUAUCACGAAAACCAGACUAUGCUUGGCAACACAUUUAACAUCAGAGUAGCACUGAUCUUAACUAAACCAAACUCGUCACAAGAGUCAACUUUACAAAUAUUGGAUUAAAAAAGAAAAAACAUAUUGCAAUACAAUUGAUUCUUACCUGCAUGGUGGUGGACGGUUGUCUCUCUGCAGUCUUCUCUGCUGUUCUGGAGACUUCGGUGUCAGAGGACAUCUCAGCACAUGACUGAAAUAAGGAUUCAAAAUUAAUGUGAAGCUCAUCAACAACACAUUUAUCACACUAAACCAUGAGAAAAAGCCAAAAGAAAAGUGAAGAAACUUGUGAACCUUUCAAUAUUUCUAUGCAUCUGGCUCCAAAUCUUAUGUUUCUCAUAGGUACAACAUGGCUAUGACAGAUGUGACAUGUAUGUAUCCUGCUAUAACCCUGCAGUGACUUUUACAGCUGAAAACAAGUGAAUAUUAAGGAUGACAGGGUUGAACUGACCUGUGGCCAAGGACUGAUGUGAAUUGUAGAGAGCAAACUUAGCCUAUGUUACAGGCCGCGUGUAUUACUUGGUGUUUUGUUAACUUAAUACAUGAAAAAGUCAUGUCAGUGUCAGUGAAUAUGCAGAGUAUUUCUUAGCUAACGUGGUCCCCACAAAUAAGGCACCUGACAGGUGUGUAACACAGCAGCCAUAGUAUAUGAUUGGGUGGUCCCCACUUUAUCACGAAAACCAGACUAUGCUUGGCAACACAUUUAACAUCAGAGUAGCACUGAUCUUAACUAAACCAAACUCGUCACAAGAGUCAACUUUACAAAUAUUGGAUUAAAAAAGAAAAAACAUAUUGCAAUACAAUUGAUUCUUACCUGCAUGGUGGUGGACGGUUGUCUCUCUGCAGUCUUCUCUGCUGUUCUGGAGACUUCGGUGUCAGAGGACAUCUCAGCACAUGACUGAAAUAAGGAUUCAAAAUUAAUGUGAAGCUCAUCAACAACACAUUUAUCACACUAAACCAUGAGAAAAAGCCAAAAGAAAAGUGAAGAAACUUGUGAACCUUUCAAUAUUUCUAUGCAUCUGGCUCCAAAUCUUAUGUUUCUCAUAGGUACAACAUGGCUAUGACAGAUGUGACAUGUAUGUAUCCUGCUAUAACCCUGCAGUGACUUUUACAGCUGAAAACAAGUGAAUAUUAAGGAUGACAGGGUUGAACUGACCUGUGGCCAAGGACUGAUGUGAAUUGUAGAGAGCAAACUUAGCCUAUGUUACAGGCCGCGUGUAUUACUUGGUGUUUUGUUAACUUAAUACAUGAAAAAGUCAUGUCAGUGUCAGUGAAUAUGCAGAGUAUUUCUUAGCUAACGUGGUCCCCACAAAUAAGGCACCUGACAGGUGUGUAACACAGCAGCCAUAGUAUAUGAUUGGGUGGUCCCCACUUUAUCACGAAAACCAGACUAUGCUUGGCAACACAUUUAACAUCAGAGUAGCACUGAUCUUAACUAAACCAAACUCGUCACAAGAGUCAACUUUACAAAUAUUGGAUUAAAAAAGAAAAAACAUAUUGCAAUACAAUUGAUUCUUACCUGCAUGGUGGUGGACGGUUGUCUCUCUGCAGUCUUCUCUGCUGUUCUGGAGACUUCGGUGUCAGAGGACAUCUCAGCACAUGACUGAAAUAAGGAUUCAAAAUUAAUGUGAAGCUCAUCAACAACACAUUUAUCACACCAAACCAUGAGAAAAAGCCAAAAGAAAAGUGAAGAAACUUGUGAACCUUUCAAUAUUUCUAUGCAUCUGGCUCCAAAUCUUAUGUUUCUCAUAGGUACAACAUGGCUAUGACAGAUGUGACAUGUAUGUAUCCUGCUAUAACCCUGCAGUGACUUUUACAGCUGAAAACAAGUGAAUAUUAAGGAUGACAGGGUUGAGCUGACCUGUGGCCAAGGACUGAUGUGAAUUGUAGAGAGCAAACUUAGCCUAUGUUACAGGCCGCGUGUAUUACUUGGUGUUUUGUUAACUUAAUACAUGAAAAAGUCAUGUCAGUGUCAGUGAAUAUGCAGAGUAUUUCUUAGCUAACGUGGUCCCCACAAAUAAGGCACCUGACAGGUGUGUAACACAGCAGCCAUAGUAUAUGAUUGGGUGGUCCCCACUUUAUCACGAAAACCAGACUAUGCUUGGCAACACAUUUAACAUCAGAGUAGCACUGACCUUAACUAAACCAAACUCGUCACAAGAGUCAACUUUACAAAUAUUGGAUUAAAAAAGAAAAAACAUAUUGCAAUACAAUUGAUUCUUACCUGCAUGGUGGUGGACGGUUGUCUCUCUGCAGUCUUCUCUGCUGUUCUGGAGACUUCGGUGUCAGAGGACAUCUCAGCACAUGACUGAAAUAAGGAUUCAAAAUUAAUGUGAAGCUCAUCAACAACACAUUUAUCACACCAAACCAUGAGAAAAAGCCAAAAGAAAAGUGAAGAAACUUGUCAACCUUUCAAUAUUUCUAUGCAUCUGGCUCCAAAUCUUAUGUUUCUCAUAGGUACAACAUGGCUAUGACAGAUGUGACAUGUAUGUAUCCUGCUUUAACCCUGCAGUGACUUUUACAGCUGAAAACAAGUGAAUAUUAAGCAUGACAGGGUUGAACUGACCUGUGGCCAAGGACUGAUGUGAAUUGUAGAGCGCAAACUUAGCCUAUGUUACAGGCCGCGUGUAUUACUUGGUGUUUUGUUAACUUAAUACAUGAAAAAGUCAUGUCAGUGUCAGUGAAUAUGCAGAGUAUUUCUUAGCUAACGUGGUCCCCACAAAUAAGGCACCUGACAAGUGUGUAACAUAGCAGCUAUAGUAUAUGAUUGGACGGUCCCCAUUCAAUCAGGAAGCCUGACUGUGCUUGGCAACAUAUUUAACAUCGGAGUAGCACUGACCUUAACUAAACCAAACUGUAUACACAAGAGUCAACUUUGCACAUCUUUGACCAAAAAAGAAACAUGGAACGACCUGUAGGGGGUGUCACGAUUUAACAACUCCUCGAUCCAAUUCGAUUUUCAAUUCUUUUUCUUACUUUACAGCACAGAGGCCUUUGCUUUUUUGGAAUAGUCUAGUCUACAAUCGUUUGUUUGAUUCAUUACAUUUGUACAGUAAAUCAUCUCUCAAUAGAUGGGCUACAUACAAGUGAUGCAAUUUCCAUCAUUCUUGUGUACGUUUUUAUCACAUCAGGCACUAUUGGUCAGUUUUAAAUAAUUUAAAUAACAAUCUUGUUUAAGUGAAAACAACAAGAAUGAGAACUCACAGGGGGUGCUGCCAUCUAGUGACUCUUUUUGGUUACAGAACUACUCAACAUGAGAACUAAAUAAUUGUAACAGUCAUGUCCAAAAUAAUGGAACAAUUAGAACCUUGAGAAACAAUAUCCUCACAGUUAAACAUAAAAAAACUAAGUGGUUUGUCACUUUGCCAUUCUUCUCUAGACCUUAACAUUAGACCUUAUUUUAGGGGAGAAAAUGUGUGUUACAUACAAGAAAUUGGGGUACAAUGUGUGCUUUCAUCAUUUGCUUCAGGAUUGCCGAGUCUCUCUUUGAUUUUGAUUUUCGAGACCAUGACAUCGAUUUGAUUGAUUUCAAUAAAAAAUCUAAAUUGUGACACCAUUAACAUCUUAUUCAAAGUUAAAAAUACAGUUGAUUCUUACCUGCAUGGUGGUGGACGGUUGUCUCUCUGCAGUCUUCUCUGCUGUUCUGGAGACUUCGGUGUCAGAGGACAUCUCAGCACAUGUCUGAAAUAAGGAUUCAAAAUUAAUGUGAAGCUCAUCAACAACACAUUUAUCACACUAAACCAUGAGAAAAAGCCUAAGGAAAAGUGAAGAAACUUGUGAACAUUUCAAUAUUUCUAUGCUUCUUGCUUUUUUUUUUUUUUUUGCAAAGGUACAACUUUGCUAUUGUUGAUGUGACAUGUAUGUAUCCUGCUGUAACACUGCAGUGGCUGUUAAGAGUUGACAAAAAGUCAUUAUUUGCAAUCAUGAAGGUGUGUUCACAGCAGAUGCCACUCUGCGACUACGACAAGCUGCAUUCCCACAAUUCCCUCGUGCUGGUCAUAGACAUAUGUAAGCUAGACGCAGCAUGGGGAGCAGCGGAGCGUCAAAUACGGCCGCCGUCUUGGUGAGGUGUACGCCCCAUUUACCACUGUUUGACGGGACAGUCAAGUCUCAGAGCAUUAAAUCAAUCAUAAUUCACUGAAUACUUCAUUGAUUUUCACACUCUUUUUUUUCUGCAAACGUCAUCCACAGAGGCCUGAUGCAGGUCAGACGUUUUGGCGAUUUGCAGAGAAGAAAACGUGUGAAAAUCAUCGGAAUUGUGGGAUUGCAACUUGUCGUAGUCGCAGGUGAACACACCUUUAGACUUUCUUCACUCGAUUACUGACCAACAUUUAUUACAAACCUGCUUCCUCCAUGGCCAAUCACUGUCACCAUAGUUAUAUACGAUUUCUUCUCCUGGAUGAAUGUCCCUCAGAGCAAAUAAACAGAGGUAGGGUUUGCCCUCUGCUACGAUCCUCUUCAUUUUGCAGUUGGGAUGUCUGUUGUCAUCAUUGACUAAUCGUCCAAGGCUGUCAUCUUCUUGAGAUGCAUCAAUACUUCACAAAAUAACAAAAUGACUGAUUAUGCUUGAUAAUAUUUAAAUAGUAAUUUAAUUACCUGAUAUAAUUUGCCAUUACUCUAAUUACUAAUGGUUGUAGAUGCUAAUUUAAAAUAUAUAUAUAUUAUCAAAUUUGUUUGUGCAUUGAAAAAACUCAACUGUGCAGAAAUGUCAUAAUCAAUCAAAGCCUUACCACCAUGUCUUUUCUUUCCAGCGGAAAUCAAACAUGAAAACGGCACAUGAUCUGUGAUAGGUCCUCCUCCUCCUUGCUGAUUCAUCAGAUGUUAUUAGUUGUCCUCUGUACUCCACCACAAAGUCGCCUUUACUAAAAUGGGUUCUGGCAAACACCCCUCGACCUGUUCAAACACAUUACGUUAUUACAUAUAGACAAUGCAAACUGUCAAUUCAUUGUCUUGGACCUGACAUGAAGACAAUUUUAGCUCAGCAAAUAUCAGCGAUAAUUCAGUCUGAUGAAGUCAUGCUAGGCUGCCAGUCAGAAACACUGACCACAGAUAGGAGGGGUGCAAGCGCACCACAUUAAGGUAUGCUGGAUUCAUACCGCAAGACAAAAAGAGUUUGUUUUACACAAGUGAUCAUCUACCUGCCUAUUGCAGGUGGCUGGUUCUAAUUUUAGACUCUGAAAGAACAACACAAACAGAGUACCUUUAAAGGAAUUGAUGUACUUCACUUCUAAUUCUGCUAUCUUGUCCUGUGCCUUGAUAGCAUUUUCUAUAGCAUCCUGUAAUGGAGGUUUCCCCCUCCUCCUCCUCGCAGCCAUUGGAAAUCCUGUCAGUAAUCACAAAACAAUUAUAAUAUUACAAGAUAUCCCAAUAAAUUUUACAUUUGAUAAACAUGUCUUGGGUAAUGUUAGACAGCCAAAUAUAUACCACAUAAUGUGUGAGGAUAGCACUUCUGAUUUUAAACUCAAGGUAAUUCAGUCAGAAAAUUAACCAUUCAACAUUCUCAAAUCUAAGUUGGGAAAAAAAUAGCAGCAUUCUGGACCUUAAACAAUACCCCAUCUCUCUUCCACCACACAAUACCAAAUCAGGCUAUAUAAAAUAAGUACUUUAUCGACUGAAUUACAACUAUAAAUGCUAAAGGGCUUGCACAUAUGUUUGCACAUAUUUUAUACAUAUGUGUUUACAUUAUAUUAACGAAUUUGUUAUGGGUGGAAACUCAUGAAUGGCAAUAUUUAGCUCUGCCAACAUGUUGUUACGGUCAUAUAUGCUCAAUUAGCUGGCGCUAGCUGCUCUGCUGACGUCAGGUAGCUCUCUCUCAACUCUCAAGAUUUUGCUCUAUGUAUCACCUGUCUCUACUGCCAUCUGCGCUGAAUUUUCAGCUUCUGGUUAGAUGCAUGAUGCUCUAAACAAGAGCAAACUAAAGUCAAACUAAACAGGAUACUCACAGCAGUCAUGGUCAGCUCACAGCACAUCUGUUCAGCGCAUUUCACGUGCACGUCACGUGCACGUCACGUGCACGCGCGCAGCUCACGUAGCAUGACGCACUGCUGGCCCAGACUCGUGUGUUAGCCUAUUAGCUAGCGCUAGCCGCUCGGCUAAUGUCGGUAGCUUAAUCUCAACUCUAAAGCUUUUGCUCUAUGUAUCCCCUGUCCCUACUGCCAUCUGUGCUGAAUUUUCAGCUUCUGAGUAGUUACAUGAUGCUCUAAACAAGAGGAAACUAAAGUCAAACUAAACAGGAUACUCACAGUAGUCACGGUUAGUCACGGUCAGUCACGGUCAACUCACAGCGGCCAUCACAGCACUGCUGUUCAGCGCAUCUCACCUGACACGUGCACUGCUGCCCCAGACUCGUGUAUUAGCCUAUUAGCUAGCGCUAGCCGCUCGGCUAGCGUCAGUGGCUCUACCGCAACCCUUAGGAUUUUGCUCUAUGACCAAAUGCAACCUGUUGAAGCUGCUGUUUGUCUUUUUUAAAACACAACUACCCCUGUUAUUGUGAGAAAUCAUCAAGUUUGACAUAUCGGUUAUUAAAUGUGGGCUUUUAACAGUACAAAAAUAUCAAAAAAUCAAACUGUCUCACUGAAAUAAAUUUUAAAGUCAUCAUGGAAGUAUUUACCUUUCUGUUAGAGCCACUCCGCCACGUCUUCAGCUGAAAACAGAGCUGUCAAAUGCCGAAAAAUGUCUCUGUGUAGUUACCUCCUCUAUUAGCGCAUCCGGGAAAAGUGUUAAAAUUCCACCUGUCAGCAGAAAGCUAGUGGCUGAUUAGCAUACUUAAUUAGCAGACUGAGCUGCUUGCACAUGCGCAGAUGUGCCAAGUGUGUAUAAAGUGUGUGUGUCUGACUCAUGAGAUCCUACCAGUAGGUGGCAGUACUGAGUUAACCAAGCUAAGCACACUUAAGCACACAAAACCGGUUUUUCAUGCAUUGUGGGGAAACCCCUGAAAAGUUGACAGGGCAUCCCUGUGGCCUUCUUUUCCAUGGAUUCAGUGCUCACCCUGGUGGGGACAAGCAUUUUGGUUCCCACUAAGAUUUUGGUUUCCACGAUGUGACUGUGCUGUCUGCAGGUGGUUCCCACCAUGUGACAAAGACACACACACACACACACACACACACACACACACACACACACACAUAUAACAAAUGAAAAUAAAAAAUAAACAGCCUCGCACAGAAAAAGUUUGGGUCUGGUACAUCUUCAUUUGUGUACACUGGAUGGGUGAUGGAUUUUUAAAAUAUCAAAAUAUUUCAAAUAUAUCAUUAAACUGAGUCAGAAUUUCACAUAAUAGCCACAAUUGAUUAUCUUCUAUACUGCUUGAAAAUUGUGAGUUACAUCAAUAUUAUUAGUCUAUGGUUUUCAAAUUUUUUUUUUUCACUUCUGGCCAACCAUAUUUAAUGUAUUCUGUAUUUUUGCAAAGUUAUGCUUAAAAUGCAGCUAUAAGUACUGAAAAUAUCAAAAACAAGCACCAGAGUGUUGUUGUGUUUGUACAUUUGUAUUUGUGUGUCAUGGAUUGGGCCUGAGGUCAUUGUUAUACUCAACAUCCACCUCUGUUGUGUUGCAGGUGCUGGCCUGGAUCCUGUUUGUCCUGUCCCUGUCAUACGUGAAGGUCAUCAUCGGGGUGAUCUUGAGGGAUGAGGGCCACAGCGCCCUCGUGUGGUGUGGAGCAGUAGUGCAGUUGGGCUCCAUGGUUGGGGCUCUGUCUAUGUUUCCACUAGUUAGUGUUUAUGGACUUUUUAAGUCAGGGGAUGCUUGCAACACCAAGUGUCCAAUGUAGAAACUACAUGUUUUUAAGUUACAGACUGUGUAGACACUGUUGUACAAACCUGAAACAUAACUUGAGUUUAUUUUAGGAGCACUGAACUGAUGAGCUUUACCUAUUCUUGUUUUUUGUACAGUUGAGAGAUACGAGCUGUUACAAUCUUCAAAUGCUAAAGUUGUACAAAUUAGCUCUUCCCAGAGUCAAAUGGCAGAGUUAUGACUAAUGUAAAGUAUGUAUUUACUGAUGGAAUUAGGUCUAAACUGAAAACUAAAUUAUGAUUACGUGAGACUGCACAUGACCAUUUUGUUGCUGCAUAAAUGACACUUCCUUCUCGAUCCAGAGGUUAAAGCCGGUUUACUUGAACUGUUCACCCAAUGUGAAAUUAUUAUUGGUUGAUGUUGCUUUUUUAAGAGUGUUUGGUACUUUGGGCUUUAAAAUGUGCCUUAACUUGAGACACUGAAAGAGCUGUGCUUUUUGAGUACAUGAUUGUUAUUUGCUUUUUAUUUUGUUAUAUUAGUAGAGAAAGAGAAACUGUUAAAAAACACCAAAUAAAACACUUCUUUAAACCUUCCAAAA